CGCCCUCCUCCAUCAACCAGCGACAUUGUCGGUUAUAAUCGUCGUCUUCAUGCUGCUGUCUCUUCCGUCGCCUAGAUCCCCCCGUGCCACCCGUCCGAGUCAACCUCGCUCAGGUCCAAACAACGCCCAUCACAUCCCCGAUCGCUCGCCGUCCUCCCCUUUUUCCGCGUGCCCCGUCCUGCAUGGAACUUCCACAUACCCGUCGCAAUAGAAUCGUGAGCUUCCCCAAGCAGCAGAAUUCAUGGUUGACCUGCGUUUGUCGAAAAACACAUGCCGCCACCCAGGUUCAAGGCCGAGUCGCAGCUUCAAAAAGAAAAGCUGGUAAAUUCGUACAAUGAGCUUUUAGAGGAAUUUUCGUCAAGAGAUUUACGCAAUGUCGGCAAUUACAGCCUCGGAAAGCUCAUUGGAAAAGGCUCGUUCGGCAAAGUCUACCUCGCGUCCCAUAAGCUCACAAAUGGCUCCAAGGUCGUGCUCAAAUCGUCAAGUCGAGACGAUGCCAAUCUGGCUCGCGAGAUCCACCACCACCGUCAAUUCAUCCAUCCCCAUAUAGCCCGCCUCUAUGAAGUGGUCGUUACGGAGAAACUGGUCUGGCUGGUUUUGGAAUACUGCCCAGGGGAUGAGCUCUACAACUACCUCCUCCGCAAUGGACCCAUGCCGAUUGAGAAAGUGCAGAAGAUAUUUACACAGCUUGUCGGGGCGGUGGCAUACGUACAUAGUAAAUCAUGCGUCCACCGAGAUCUGAAGCUGGAAAAUAUUCUGUUGGAUAAGCAUGAAAACGUGAAGCUUUGCGAUUUCGGUUUCACCAGGGAAUACGAGGGCAAGGCUAGCUAUCUGCAGACAUUUUGUGGCACAAUUUGCUAUAGCGCUCCAGAGAUGUUAAAAGGCGAAAAGUAUGCGGGAGAAAAAGUCGAUGUUUGGAGUUUGGGGAUCAUCCUGUUCGCCCUGAUCUCAGGCGAGCUGCCGUUUGACGAAGAUGAUGACCAGGCGACCAAAAAAAGGAUUCUUUCGGAGGACCCCAAGUACAAUGCGCGAUUCUCCGAAGAUGCAAAAUCAUUGAUCAACCUUCUCUUAUCGAAAAGACCACUUAUCCGGCCCACCCUCAGCGACAUACUAGCGCAUCCGUUCCUGGCAGAGCAUGCUCCCCAGCAGCAAGCCAUCCUGAAGCUAUCCCGUCCGCCAGCUUUUUCAACCGCUCUGGAGAAGACGACAUUAGAACGAAUGAGGAGCGCGGGGGUCAAUACGGACCAAGUCAUAGAAAAUGUCCUGGCACAACGUUGCGAUGCCCUUGCUGGAUGGUGGGCUCUCCUGAUAGAAAAAGAAGAGAGAAAGGAGAAGAGAAGAGAAAGGAAGCGGCGGGAACGGGAAGCUGAAGCCAAGAACCUCCGUCGCCUGAGCGCGGCCAGCAGCCGCCUAGAACGCAUCUCUGCGGCCCUUGUCGAGGUUGACGAGGAGAACCACAGUUCAGAGCCACCUCGAAGCAGAGGGAGAGCAAACCGGCGAAGCCUCCCAACUCCUUAUCCUAGUCUAGCCCAGCUUCUGAUCCCCGAUCUCCCGAAACUACCUGAAGGAGGUAUCGCUGUGUCCCCUUGUGAAUCUAUUCCUCCUCCCCCAAUUGAGAAAGAUGGCUCCGUUCGUUCUCUUAGCUCUUCGCGCACUCGACCGAUCCCUCCUCCAAAAGAGAGACGUGUUUCCCGAGGCAGUACGCUUCAUCUCAGUGCAUCACAGCCCGAGUUAAUGCGUCCUCAUGGGAUACUAAAACGGCCUGGUACGCGCCGCCGACAAUAUCCUAUCCUAAGUCAACUGGCCUCCCUCAAGCACUGGCUUGUGGAAUCUACAAAGCGGGCCAAGUCACCCCACCCAAAGGGCUUCGGUCAUUCCAGCGUUUCUCUCAAGUUUCUUUCUGAUAGGAGCGGCCCAGGCAAGAAUAAAAAUGCAUCAAAACAACAAAUAGCAACCCCUACGGCUAGCUCGAAUUUCAGCCAAACCCAGCACACUCCCCAGACAAAGCGAUCAUCGAAUGCCAGCAGUUUGGCACCGAGCAAUGCUUCAUACCCGGGAGCCGUUCGCCCCCUCUCGAUCACUCAGCCUCCACGACCGCUUAAUAGCAGCUCCUCACGUCAUCGUAACUCUUUGUCUCCCGCACCACUGACUCCACGCAAUUCCUAUCGCCGCUCGUCAGCCGGACUACGAGGACGGAAAUCGACAUCUUCAUCUGUUUCUUCUAUUCGUACGAUCCACCACGCACACUCGCACUCCAAAACUUCGUCUAUUUCUUCGAAUAGUAUCGACACCGCUUCUACCCCAACAGGCUCGUCAAUCAAAGCGCUAGGCAUCUCCCGCUCCCCGCAUACUUCAAUCAAAGUAUUGCCCACCACCCCCAGUGCAUCCACCCGUUUCCCGCAUAACAUUCGGCUGGUUCGCGGAUCUCACAACGCUGGCGCCGGUCAUCUCCACAGUGCUUUCAAUGAAUCUGCUCCUGCACCUAUUAUGUCUUCUCCCUCCUCGGGCCUUGUAUUUGCGCGACGAAAACGGUCUGCCUUUAAAGGGCCAACACUUAAUACUGCUAACCUCAUGGCAUCAGGUGGUGCAGGAACUCCUCUCCUGCCACGGAGGAGAGAAGCACUCUUUGAUGCGCCUUCCGCCGAGGCACCUGCGCUAGGUCCUCGAAAAAGCCAAAUCAUUGAAGAGGAAGAAGAGUUAUUCGAGGGUCAUAAUUUUGAAGAUGAAGAAGUUGAGGAGGUCGAAGGCUUUAGCCCUGUCGAUGAGAAGAGCCCGACUUUUAUCCAAGGACGGACAUCUCUCGAUAUACUGGCUUCCCAACCCAUCGCCGCUUCAAGUACAGAUGCUCUCACCAAUAAUCCAUCGGCGUUGAGCCCCGUUGACCGCAGCACAAAGUCGCCAGAGCCGCAGCUCCUCCCUGCGGCGGAAAUUGAAGAGCCAUCGCAGUAUCCUCCUUUCCACCCCUCUGGUGCGCAGUCCGAUUCCGAACCCAUACGGCCUCCACGGUCAUCUUCUCUUCGCGAGCACAACAAGCCCGGCUCUACGGGCAGUAAUGCGGCCCUUGAGCGCUUUGAGAGCGCCGAAAAGCCGGAUGUUGUGCAGGAGGAGCGAGGGACCGAGUCUUUGAGUCCUAAACAAACCUGAUCUAUGUACGAUACAUGACCAGGGUCUUUUGACUAUGAGUAGUAUGCCUGUUGUUCUGUAUUUAGUCUUAUUCCCUUUGGUGUUUUGUUGUUUUCUAACCUUUUGUUUUGGGUACUCUCUGGUGGGACAUGGGUGUUUUCUACCUACGGUUUUCUCUCAAAUCUCAGCAUCACUUGUAGUGCAUCUUGAUUUUCUUUUCUACCUUUUGCUUUCGUGUGCUCCUGUUUUAUUCACCUAUACACUUCUUAGGAUAUCAACUUUGGGAUGGGAAUGCUUUAUAUCCAGAACAGCUUAUGUUUAUUUCUGUCUGGGGAUUGUGUUCUCUUUUUCGUUUCUGAUUUAUUGAUGAUUAUAUAUUAGACCUAGUCUCUCCCCCCUUCAGCCCUUUUAUAUCCCAUGUUUUGCCAUCAUUACCUCGUUUUAGAUCCCGAGCUUCUUUCGAUAAAAUGCCUUACUUGAUAUGACUUGGAAUGGUUUUCUUGGUCUGUUUAUCUGGAUUCUCCUUUCUGGAUUGUAGUCAUAUUGUGUCUUCAUGAACAUAGUGAUUAAUCUGCCGA